UUUGCUAAAUCAUAACAACGUCUUUUCGUAACUCAUUAGAACUAGACCCUCUGGAUUCUAUUAGAAUUAUAAAAAUAAAUACUAGAUCUAGCUCUAGAUCUAUUAGAUCUAUAAAUUACCCUUGACUGGACUCACAUUUCAUACUAGAUCUAUAUUAGUCUAGACCUAGAUACUAGAUGAAGUACAUCUUGAUUUGAUCCUGACUUUUUUACUUUUAAUUUAUUUUAAACUUUAACUAAGUUUAACUUCAAGUUAAGUUAAACUUUAACUUUAAGUUUUUAAGUUUAAAAAGCAAAGCAGCGAGUCAUCUAGUCCUAGAUCUAGAUUUAUAUAGAUUCUACUAAGUCUAUGAACUAUCUAUGAUCUAAUCAUAAUCUAAUGACUAAUGAUCUAUACUAGAUGAUUACUAGACUAGAUCAUAGUAGAUAAAUACUAGUUACUAGAUCUACUAUCUAGAUAUCUAAUACAAAUAGUAAACAAUACUCAGAUAGCCUGGUCAAUAGAGCAGAGGGAGGUGAAAUUCCGGAAAUUCCUGUGUCCAAAAAAAUGACUUCAGCUCAAGACGAGAAUGCACUUGUGGAAAGAGUGUUUUUACGCAUAGGCUCAGCAGAGACAGAUGAACAACUGCAGACUGCACUUGGAAAAUUUUUAGCACCAUUGCUUUUAAAACUCAAUAGUCCAGAUGAAGCAGUGAGGUCCAAAGUACUAAAACUCUUAGCCCAUAUCAAGACCAGAUUGAAAAGUAGAAACCAGAUCAAGCUUCCACUUGAUGCUUUAUUAACUCAAUUUCAGGAUCCAACUGCUACACCAUUCAUUACAAAUUUCACUAUUCUUUUUAUUAAAAUUGGAUAUCCAAGAGUUGAACCAGAUAAACAGGCUGAGCUUGUUCCACUACUGAUCAACUGUUUAGAUGGAAGAUCUCAAAAUCAUCAAGACAGCCUUCUUCAGUUACUGCUUCCUGCUCUAAGACAUUUGAAAAUGCCAAAAACUGAAGCAGAGUGCAGAUCAAAAUUUCAGCUAGCAGAUAAGCCUGGUGUCAAGCAGCUGGUGUUAGACUAUUUUAUGGAUGUCCUGCUUCUCACCUACAACUCUCAUGUCACUUCUGCUCCAGCAUCUGCAGAUGGCUCAGAGUUACCUUCCCAACCUCCCAAUGUGCCCCCACCACCUGGUCUUAGCCAGACUUCUUUCAAACGCCUCAUUGGUGAGACUCCUAUGGUGCCAGAGGAGCUGGAGAAAGCCAAGCUGAGCAUAAUAACAUUUUUGGCUAGUGGUGUCCUGACUGAGUCAGAAACUGUGUGUCAUUUUGUUGUGGCUUCCUCAGACACCAGACACAGUGUUGCUACAUCAGCAGACAUGGAACUUAAAAAAAUCACAGGAAGUGUUGAUUGGAAUUCCAAAGAGAUUCUCAGUAAAUUGUUUUCACUUUUCCAAGGAACAGUGAUUGUAAAAGGCCAGCCACUAAUCAAGCCUGAUGACAGGCGUAGUGCUGUGAGUCCAAGGAUACGCUUGAAAAUUUUUCCGCUUUUGCUGAAAGCAAGGGAGGCUACCAAUAUGUUUCCAGCUUGCCUGCAGAUAGUAUUUGACUGUCUGUUUGGUGUCAACCCUAAUGCAAAACUUCGUGUCAUGGCUGUGGAGUUUGUUCAUCACAUCUGUCUGAAUUGUGAAGAGAGCAAGUUUGCCAUGUUUGAUGUUAUUCUACUUAAUGGUUUACUCAAGCUUAUCAAUGAAUCCAAAGAGGAUGCAAAACUAAGAAGCCUGGCCUAUGUAGCUGUUGGAAAAAUUGGACGGAGAUCUCCCAAUAAAAUUUCUAAAGACUUGCAGGUGGUGCAACUGUUCUUUGAUGCAUUGUGCCAAGAAGAUGGUGAGACAAGGAUGGCUGUGCAAGAAGCUUUAUCAUUGAUGGCAGAAGCUUUCCGAAGCUUGGAUGAUACAAACCAAAGACUGAUGGAAGCUUUAUUACUUCAGAACAUUGACAAGGAGGAGCCCCAAGUUAGAACAGUCAUUGUACAGUAUGCAGCAACAGUAUUUCAAAGUCAUAAUAUUCCUUCUCGCUAUAUUUUACUUUUAGGAACUGGUGAUUUGAAGGAGGAUAUCAAGUCUGAAUGUAAGAAAGCUUUAAGAAACACACAAAUCCCAACAUUGUCCAGCAAACAGUCAGAUGAGCAGAAGUUGCCAGAUUUUGUUGAGAUGAUGCGAUACAUAGUAGAUAAGGCUGCACAAAGGAAAGCCUCCCAGAACAGAUACUCUACAGUCAAUGCAACUCUUCCAUUUAGUCCAAUCACAUACAGUGAGGUUCUACUUUACUUGCGAAUGUGCCUGUCACAACUGGCAGGCAUAGCAGUUGACUGGAACUUGGAGAACCUUCCAGACCAAGUUCCAUCCUUGCUGGCCACUGUUAAGAGCCUUCUAGAGAAGUAUCCUGGAGAUGAUGGGCCCAUACAGCAGUAUGUUCGCAUGUUGAUAGAGCUCCUCAUGGUCUCAACAAAUAGUGAACCAAUGUAUUGUCUUCUGGAAAUGGUUGCUAUGGUUCCCACUGUAUUGGCACCCAAGCUUUCUCACAAUUUGGAUUGGAUAAAAAGUUUACUGAGCAGCUCCAAGGAUGACAUCAAGCAGUAUGCUGCUGAACUGUAUGCCAUUGUCUGCUGGUACACCAAGUCCCCAACAGAUUUCUGCAGUGAUAUCAAAACUUUCUUAGGCAAUCUCACUGACAAGAAUUCUGAACUAGUGCUUGGAUCACUAUUAGCUCUUGGCUAUUGUAUUGGGCUCAAGAUGAAAGUUCUCAGGUCUGGUGGUAAUGGUAGUACCGUUCAUGACCAACCUCUUCUGACGCAGUGUGUUCAAACUAUAGCUAGCUUACUUGAUGACAGUAAUGUUUCCAAAAAAUCCACUGCCUGUUUGGCCUUGAGUGAAAUUGGCAGAAAUGGCCCAUUGUCUUUACCACCUGGCAUACCAGAAGGUAAUAUUAAUGGCACUGAUCCAGUCAACACAGAGGAGAGGAAAACAGAGAGUACAUCAGAAGUCAUCACCAAACUUUAUUUAGUCAACAAACUUGUAGGCAAGAUCAAAACCAGUAAUGAACAAAACAAGAUCAAAGAGAGAGCAGCUGCUUGCUUGGGAGAUAUCUGUGUUGGAGAUGCAGACUUCCCUCAUAAAAGGAAGGCAAUGGAAGACCUUAUCAAUGCAAUUCAAUCCAAACAAAUAGAGCUUCAGUUUACCAUUGGGCAAGCCCUUGUAGACAUGGCAAUGGGGGCAAGUUCUCCAAGGUCCAGAUGCAUCUGGACCACAUCCAAGGAAGAACAUCAGAAAAAUGUUGUGAAUAUUAAUGAUGAUGUCUCUUGGUUCUUGAAUGAGCUUUUGUCCACUUACAUUUGUCAUUCUAAUCCACAUCUGAGACAGGGUGCAUGUGUGUGGCUUCUGACAUUGAUCCGCCAGGCAGGCCAUCACAAAGCUCUUCAGUCAUCUCUCUUAGACAUUCAAAGGGCUUUCAUGAGGAUGCUUUCAGAAAAUGAUGAAAUAACUCAAGAUUUGGCUAGCAAGGGACUUGGGCAAGUUAUGGAAGUGUGCACUCCUGAACAGAAGAAUGUUUUAGUUUCUGAGCUGGUUGAAACUCUCAUGACAGGAAAAAGUUCUGCCAAGACAGAAGUAAGUGCUGACACUACAGUUUUCCAGAGUGGAGCGCUGGGCAAAGCACCUGAUGGCUCUGGAUUAUCAACCUACAAAGAGCUGUGUGCUAUAGCAACUGACUUGAACCAGCCGGAUCUGAUCUACAAGUUCAUGCAUUUAGCCAAUCAUAAUGCAACUUGGAAUACUCGUAAGGGAGCUGCUUUUGGAUUCUCUACAAUUGCAGCACAGGCUGGUGAACAGUUGGCCCCAUUUAUGGAUAAAAUAGUUCCAAAACUGUACAGGUAUCAGUUUGAUCCUAAUCCAAAGAUUCAACAAGCCAUGUCCAGCAUUUGGAAUGCAUUAGUUCAAGAUAAUAAAAAGACUGUGGAUAUUUAUCUGAAGAAAAUUUUGGAUGACCUCAUUAGCAAUCUGACCAGCAAUCAAUGGAGAAUUAGAGAAUCAAGUUGUUUGGCUGUGAGUGAUUUACUGCGUGGGCGUGUGCUAGAUGAUAUUAUUGAGGACAUUCCUCAGCUGUGGGAAAUUUGUUUGAAGGUCAGAGAUGAUAUCAAGGAAUCUGUGCGUCUUGCUGCUGACUCAGCCUGUAAAACACUCAGUAAGGUUUCCAUCAAAGUCUGUGAUGUGACUAAUGGUAAAGUGGGAGAGAAAGCCACCAAGUUAAUUCUUCCAUGUCUUCUCCAGUGUUCGCUACACAGCACUGUCUCAGAAGUGAGAGCAAUUGGUUUGUCCACCAUCUUACAAAUCAGUAGAAAUGCUGGAGCACUGCUAAAACCCAGCAUUCCUGUGCUUGUGCCUGCUCUUCUAGAAGCUGUAAGUGGACUAGAACCAUCAGUCAUGAAUUACUUGAGUCUACACACAGGCACACAGGCUAACCAAGACAAGUUGGAUAGUGCCAGGAUAGCAGCCUCCAAAAUGUCCCCCAUGAUGGAAACAAUUAACAGGUGUGUCCAGUAUGUAGAUAAUACAAUACUAGAGGAGCUCAUACCAAGACUGAUAGAAAUAGUCAAGGGUGGUAUCGGUGUCAGCACAAAGGCUGGAUGCUCUAGUUUUGUGGUCUCCCUAGUCCAUCAAUGCCCACAAGAUCUCAGCCCAUACACAGGAAAACUGUUAGCAGCUUUUCUCCAUGGAUUAAAUGACAGAAAUGCUGUAGUCAGAAAAUCAUAUGCCACAGCGAUUGGCUAUUUAGUCAAGGUUUCCAAAGACAGCAGUGUGGAGAGACUCAUUGAAAAACUCAAAGUUUGGUAUUUAGAAAGUGAAGGAUCACAAGCUCGACAUGGAUGUAGUGUAACUCUGCAUGCCAUUUCUGAAUACAGUCCUGACACAUUGCGUAGACAUGCCAAUCUGGCAAUGCCAUUGGCUUUUUUUGCUAUGCAUGAAGAGGUGAAAAAGGAAGAUGGGAAAAAAUCUGAGGAUUCUUCUGAUUGGUCGGAUGUUUGGAAUGAGAUUACACCAGGCACUGAAGCUGGGAUAAGACUUUAUCUACCAGAGAUUGUGGCUCUGCUCUCCUCUUCCAUCCAGUCUCAGGCCUGGUCAGUCAAGGCUCAGUCUGCAAGGGCCAUGGCCACUGUGGCCCAGAAACUAGGCAAUCAGCUGGAGUCACCACACUUAGACCAGAUUGUACUUGCUUUGGUUGAAGGCUUAUCAGGGAGAACAUGGGAGGGCAAGGAAUCUCUUUUGAAUGCUCUGUCAGUUGUGUGUACAUCCUGCAGACAAGAGAUUCUAAAGAGCUCCUCAACAUCCUCAACUAGUCUCAGCCUAGAACAGAUACUGACAGUUAUUUUAAGAGAAUGUGGUAAAGAGAAUCCAGCUUACAAAAUGGCUGCAAUGAAAUGUCUUGGACCUAUUUUAGAACUCUACCAACUUGACCAUUUUAAGGCAGUCUGGGAAAUGACUCAGUCUAUAGUUGGCCAGGCUUCUAGUGGAAACAAACCUGAUGAUGAUGAAGAUUCUAGUUUGAGUCAGAAACAGGAGAUAUUGAGUUGUGCUUUUACAUUGUUGGGUGAGGCAUGGCCGUCCAAUCCGUCCACACAAGCCUCUUAUAUAGAUGUGUUUGUACAAUUACUUUGUGAGUCAAUGCCUAUCUCAACAUGGAAAAUUCAAAUGAUUAUUUUGAAAGAUCUGCAGAAGUUGUUACAAAGACUGGCUAUUUUACAGAAAGAAAAUGUUGUUUCCAAUGCUGGAAAUGUGAAGAACUUAGUUCAAAAACUUUUGAUUACCUCCCUUGCUGAUCUCAAUAACAUUAAGUAUCUAUCUCUGAGGACUGAAAGUCUGUCUCUUAUUGAAUCAAUCAUCAGUGCACUUGCAGCCUGUGACCAGCUCAGAUUAAUUGACGAGACGUUAUUGAGCCGAUUGAAGGAUGAGAUAACACCCAUUGCAGAAACUGGACCCUGGGAGUUGAGAGACAGAGCUAAAACCUUACUCCUAACUGUCGGCCCCAUCACAGCUAACAUUGAGGCCAUGGAACACUGAUUGAACUUCUUUCUUUGAUUACUUUUAGAGUUUGUACCAUCAUUAGCCAAGUUUGAAGUCUGUACACAUACAUGCUGGUUGCAUAUCUCUAUCAUACUUUAUCUUCUGACUUAAGACAAGUUCAGAUUUUUUUGUAUACAUUAGAAAGAUUUAGGUUUGUUUUAGCAUCAGAUAGAAUCACAAAUGGGAUUUUGAAAUUCAGAGACAUGAAAUUGAACACCUUGCUACUAAAAUAAACUCUUGAUUUGUGAAAAUUUGAAUGAGAUUACAUAAGGGCGUGCUAGUUUUGGUGUGAAAGAUAUGUGUAUUUAUAUUAAGGAUAAAGUAUUUCAAGAGUAAAAGUAUUUUUCAAAUUAAAAAUGCUGUUUAGAAUUAAAUAAAAUGAUGCAAUUUUAGAACAUAGUUAUUGUGUAGUAGAUUAGUAUUUUCUUAAUUUAUUUUUUUUUUAAAAUAAAAAUGUAUCUUGACCCACACAUACUGAAUUCAUUUCAAGAUUUUGAAAAAAUGAAAUGUAAAAUAUAUUUUUAUCUUGGAAGUAUUAAGCAUCUUAGCUCUUGUGGUCAUUGAUACAGUCUUGACUCCAUUGAUACAGUCUUGACUCCAUUCAGUGUUAUGCUUGUUCUCAAGUUUCCGUUGUUAAACAUUGAUAUGAAAAUUUGCUCACCCGUUGUAUUUUUAGAAUAUAAUAAACUAUACAAUGUCAAAUUACAGAUAGCUUUUACAAAUUACAGAAAUUUUUAUUGAGACAUGUGUCCCAUGUGUGUGUACAUCAUCUUGUUUGCUUGAUUUAUUAACUUAGUUCUAGUGAUCUAAUGGAUCUCAUUCUAGUUCAACUUUAGUCAACAGUUACUUCAACUGAACAAUUAUUUCAACAGAACAAAGCCUUGAAUGGAAACGAAAUAAAAUUAUCCAAAGUAAUUUGUGUUAGAGUGCUUAGAACAUUAGGAAGUUUAUUUAUUCAUUUUCUAACUUGGUCAAUUGGGGUCUUAAUAAAUCAUUAUUUUUAAUACUAAAAAUUACUUGUAAAAAACAGAUCUCAACUUAUGAUUUUUUGUUUUUAUGUAUAGCCUUUUUUUUUUUUAUUUGAUUUUUUUAAAUUUAAAUUUUUUGUUAUGUGUUAAAACAGUUACAAAUGUUAAACAUUUUUGUUGAAUAAAACCUAAUGAUGA